AUGUGCUUGGUUUAUUUUCAGCCGCAGAAAGCAAAAUUUUCCCUCACAAGCGAGCUGCAAUGGGCAAAUGGUUUUGUUAUUGUGUAUGACAUCAGUGACAGGUCUUCGUUUGCUUUUGCAAAAGCACUGAUCUACAGAAUCCGGGAGUCACAAACUAGCCAUUGUAAAAGAGCUGUGGAAUCAGCAGUGCUUUUGAUUGGUAACAAGCAAGAUCUCUGUCAUGUGCGAGAGGUUGGCUGGGAAGAAGGGCAAAAGUUGGCAUUGGAUAACCGAUGCCAAUUCUGUGAACUAUCUGCAGCAGAGCAGUCUCUAGAGGUAGAAAUGAUGUUUAUCAGAAUUAUCAAGGACAUCCUAACAAACUUCAAACUCAAAGAAAAGAGAAGAUCCAGUGGAUCAAAAUCAAUGGCCAAAUUGAUCAAUAAUGUAUUUGGAAAGAGAAGGAAAUCUGUUUAGCAGAUAUGUGAUCCUAGGGGAUUUAUUAUAUCGGAGAGUUUCAAACAUUCAUAUGAUAAUUGAAUUUACCUUUUGUUUGCAUUUAAAAAAUAGUUCUGUUAGAGAUAUGAAAUGUUUGAACACAAACCACAGCAGUGUUUUCAAAUAUAUAGUUUGCCCUUUUGGUUCUUUGUAUCUUGUAUACUCUUGUUCACACUUAACCUUUUCUUUAUUACACAAAAUAGCACUCAUUAUAACCUAUUAGUGAAUUACUAUACAGUUUGUCUUGCCAAAUAAACUUUGCUUAUGUAAUUUUAUUAAAUUACCAU